AUGAAGUUCGCUAUUAUUUUUGUUGCACUUUUUGCCUAUGCAAUUGCUGCACCAAAUCGUGACGCCGAGACCUUGCGCUAUGACGUAAAUGUGGAACCAGAGAAUUACAACUUUGCUGUUGAAACCAGCGAUGGCAAAAGUUUCCAGGAAGAAGGAGUCGUCAAAAAUUUAGGCACUGAUGAUGAAGCCAUAUCCGUUCAUGGCUCAUAUUCCUAUAUCGGUGAUGAUGGUGUCACAUAUCAAGUCAACUAUAUUGCUGAUGAAAAUGGUUUCCAACCACAAGGUGCACACAUUCCAGUCGCUUAA